AUGAAAGCUCUAAGUAAAGAUGGUGGAAUUAUCACACGGGAUUUGGAAAUUAAUUAUCCACCACUUCAAUGCCUUCGUCGUCACGAAUUCUACUUCCUGUGGAUUAUCAUGCUUUGCAAUAUUAUUCCAAUUACUCUGAUCACUGCUUCUUUCAAGUUAGUGGGACAAAUAUAUAUUUCGGACGAUCGUUUUCUCUCUGGAGUUGCAACAGCCAGUUCCCUCUUCAACUCCGGUGGUCGAAUUAUGUGGGGAGCAAUCUGUGACAGAUUCUCCUUCAAGGGGCCGCUCUCCGUGAUGCUGAUAACCUGGGCAAUCAUUCUCUUCACUUUCCCCUACAUUGUCCAAGUCCAGACGGGCUCAAUGGUCAUCUAUGCAAUUUGGGUCAGCCUUCUCUUUCUCUGCCUCUCGGGGACCUUCGUUCUGAUGCCCGGCGCCACCAGCCGUGUGUUCGGACCCGAUUACAUGGCUGUUAACUACGGAAUGGUCUUCACCGGCUUCGUAGGCAGUUUAUUCUUGAAUCUCUUUAAUAUUAUCUAUUACGCUAGAAAGCUUCACAACUUUUGA